AAUCAGAAGUACCAGAAACAUAAGUUUACAAGGUCUAUUGGCAUACAGCUAUGGAGAACAGAGCCUACUCCGAGCAGGAGCAAACUCACUGCUCAGUCAUUAACAGUAGCUUCCCAACAACACACAGGGAUCUCCCCACCCUGACUUUGUCUGGCAAAAUCCGGGUAAUGGUCACUUUCUUCCUUUUCCUGGUCUCUACAGCCUUCAAUGCCUCCUUUCUAAUGAAGCUGCAGAGGCAGACCCAGAAGAAAGAAGUAAAGAAGUUCACUCGGAUGAAGGUGCUUCUUAAGCAUCUGACGCUAGCCAACCUGCUGGAAACCGUGAUUGUUAUGCCAUUAGAUGGGAUAUGGAAUGUGACUGUGCAGUGGUAUGCUGGAGAGUUCUUAUGCAAAGCUCUCAGCUACCUAAAGCUUUUCUCCAUGUACGCUCCUGCCUUCAUGAUGGUAGUGAUCAGCCUGGAUAGAUUCUUGGCUAUCACCAGACCCUUGGCUGUGAAGAGCAACACAAAGGUUGGAAAAUCUAUGCUUGGUGUAGCCUGGUUUCUCAGUAUUGUCUUUGCUGGGCCACAGUUAUACAUUUUCAGGAUGAUCUAUGUAGAGGAUAUCUCCGGACAGACAGGAAAUUUUUCUCAAUGUGUGACACACUGCAGUUUUCCAGAGUGGUGGCAGGAGGCCUUCUAUAACCUCUUGACCUUUAGCUGCCUCUUCAUCGUUCCUCUUCUCAUCAUGCUGGUGUGCAAUGCUAAAAUCAUCUUCACCUUGACACAGUUCCUUCAUCAGGAUCCCCAUGAGCUGCAACUGAAUCGAUCAAAGAACAAUAUCCCAAGAGCACGUUUGAGGACACUAAAGAUGACUGUAGCUUUUGCCACUUUAUUUACUGUCUGCUGGACUCCCUACUAUGUUCUCGGAAUCUGGUAUUGGUUUGAUCCAGAAAUGCUAAACAGGGUAUCUGAUCCCGGUAAAUCACUUCUUCUUUCUCUUUGGUUUAUUAAAUCCAUGCUUUGAUCCACUUAUAUACGGAUAUUUCUCUCUCUAAUUUUGUUUAUCUAUAUAAGA